UGAGAGUGUCCACUUGGAAAGUUAUGCUCACCGCGCAUCCUGCUAUCGAGUUAUGUCACAUGGCCGAUCGGUCUCAUGUCCAAGUGAUCCAGAGAGAAAAUGUCUUUUAACUACAAUGUCAGAUUCAGCCUGUACAAUGUCACAGCAAUAGCACUUCCAGGGUGGCUCAUGCAUGUCUUGUUCAUAUUGGUGCUGUCCGAAGGAGCGCAUAAGCUCGAUGGGAGGCUUUGUGGCACCGGACGUGGUACCAGAGGCCACCAGGCACUAAUGGAGCAUUUACCCCGGUAUCGAUCGGAGAAUAAUGAUCCAUUCCACUGCAAACCCUCCAUCCCCGUCCUGGUGAGGCUGAACGUUGGCCACUUUCCCCGUGAUGAAUAGACCGACAUGAAGACAAGGUCUCGCCCCCUAACGGUCGGAAGGCGGCUGAUUAUUGGUUAGGGAAA